UGGCGAUUGUCUCGUCUGUAUCUCAUCCUUGUGUCAAUAUCUACUUAUCGCAAGCUCAUCUCUUAGCACUUCAUAAUCAACAGAGUGUAGGCAGUUCUCCCUAUAACUUUAAGUCUCACAAGUUUACAAAUUAUUGUACAAGUCGAGUUGUCGAAAAUCGUAUGAACAUGGAAAGUGACUGAAUGAUGACAUCAUCAUCGGUGAUAAAGUCGCUGACGUAUUUUAUUUAUCUAUUAAUUACAUCCAUUUUCUAUAAAGCAUUGAAGUCGUCCAUUCUCCUCCUUUUUAUUUAUUAAACAGAACGACGAGCAGUCCUGAAAAUCAGACGAUCAAUUGGCAUUCAGUAUAAUUUUAUACAGCACCGGGAUUCCGAAUACCGAUUAUUAAACUGUGUAAACUGAUAGAAAUUUUUCAAAAGGCGUAUUGUUCACAGGUGGGCCUCACUCCAAUAUUAAAUAUUGUACCUAGCGAUGGGUAAAUCUUCGUCGAUGUACACUCAAUAUUACAUAAUCUUUCACGGAACCAUAUGACGAAGUGACUAAAAAACACAGUAUUAGUAACUCAUCCGUUCAAGUAAGAUCUACAAAACCCACCUAUAAACAGGAGUAACGAGAGUGGUUCAAUUAUCAGCGUCAGUGGCUGUGUGAAAAUGACGCCGUGGACGGGCAGGAUUUUUCUCCUGGGAGUCUGCUUCGGUAUACUACUCUAUAUCACGUUUUUCGUUAUCAACAAUGAUUCAACGCAGAUGGAAAACAAUUAUAUUGUUGAAAUACAGAAACCCGAGGCCUUCCCCUCAAGGAGGAAUGGGCCCGACGUCCUGAGAACACUUCUGACAGCAGGUGAUCCUGAUACACCAAGGGAAGGCAAAGCUAUAUUUUUCCACGAGACCUCCCCUUUCCACGAAGAGGGCAUAUCCUUAACGCCGAGACAGGCUUGUGCAGUGGAGUCAGCAGCUAAGAUGAAUCCCUCAAUGAAAAUUUUCUUGUUGGUGCUUAAUCACUCAAAAAUUUCGAAGAAAACACGACAGUUUGUAGACCUAUUGUCAACCUACGAGAAUAUCAAGAUCAGACGGAUUUUCAUGGAGGAUUAUGUGGCUAAUACAAUGUUGGAGAAAUGGUGGAGUUCGGAAAUUGUUAAUAAAAGUAAUUGGCCGGUCCAUCACAUGUCUGAUAUCCUUCGGUACCUGACCCUCUACAAAUUCGGGGGUACUUAUCUCGACCUUGACGUCAUCGUCAUGAAAUCAUUAGAGAAACUCACGAAUUUCGUAGGGGCAGAGGAUGGUGGGAAUCUGGCUGCUGGUGCCAUUGGCUUCGGAUUGGAUGAUUUAGGCCGAACUAUCGCUGACGCUUGUUUAACAGAAUUGAAGACCACUUUUCGGGGCGACGUGUGGGGGCAGAAUGGCCCAGGUGUUGUUACCAGAACCCUGAAAAAAUUGUGUCACGCUGAAGACAUAAGUAAUAUGACGAAGGAAAACUGUCGUGGAUUCACCGUCUAUCCACCUUCAGCAUUUUAUCCACUGCACUAUAGCGAAUGGUCGCUGUACUUUAAAGAGCAGUCAAUAAACUCCACAAUGGCUAGAAUAAAGGACUCAUUUGCAAUUCAUGCCUGGAAUAAACUCAGCAAUAAAGAACUCAUUCCAGCUGGUCGUCAAGUGCCCUAUGCUAUUGUAGCUAGAGAAUUCUGUCCCAAGAUUUAUCAAAAUUCCGGAGAAUUUUUCUAA